GAUUACGGGCAUCGACAAGCACAUUUUAUUUGCUUUUGGAUUUUUUAAACAGGAUCUCACUGUGUAGUUCAGGCUGGUUUUGAACUCACUGUGAAGCCUAGUUGAUUCUCCUGCCUCAGCCUCCCGAGCCCUGGGAUUGCAGGUGAGUGCCAUCACUCUCUCCUUCUUAUGAAGCCACCAGCACCCAAUCAGGGCUCCCCAUGACCUUACCUAAUCCUCAUCAUCUCCUGGAGUCCCCACGUGUGAACACCACAGUCAGGUUCAGCUACUUCCUCACAGAGGGGGUCAAAUGUCAACACAUGAGUCUUUGGGGGCCACGACACUGCAUCCAACCAUUGACUUCGCCUUUCUCCAUGCCAGAAGAAGAAAUGAAUGCAGCAGAGGUUUCCAGCUCCUGGGCCAGGCGGAGGGGUACAGCCAGGGGCCUGGGGAGAGAGGUGGGGAUGGAGGAGCCAGCAGUGGGGCUGAGCCAGGCCUGGGUCCUUCCCCUGCAGUGACACUUAUUAGCCGUGUGACGUCAGGCAGGUCUACCAGGUCUCUGUUCUUCAGCUCCUCUCCCGUGAAUGCAGGGAAUGACAACGUGGCUCCCAGGUCACCUGAGAAGGCAGGUGCAGGUGUCCUCCCUCAUUUCCAGGUGACCCCCUGGGCCCAGAGAGGGGAAGUAACUCACCUGUGGUCACACAGGUGGUGUUAGUGAUCCCAGGAGAUCUGGGGCCUACAGCUGCUCUUUACCACCUUCCCCGCCACUUGUGCACAUUAAGGGCCCAAGUCCGUGUUGGCUACAGUCAGGACCCUGAAGGCUAGUGCUAGGCAGAGGCAGCAGAAGGAAAGUGAGUUCUGGGCAGGUGGCCCCACACGUGCCAUGGCCCAGUGGCCUUGGAGGAGAGUCAGGGGGGAACUGGGGAGGAGAGGCAGGGAUAGCCAGGCAACAGAAGGGGAGGCAUGUGAAUGAGGAUUUGGGGUUAGACUUGCGGGUGGGGAAGGACGGGUGUGGGGUGAAGGUGCAGGGCAGGCGGGGGCGGGCCACUGCCCUCAAGUGUUGCUGGGUGGCAGCUCCAAGUCUGCACGGGCUCAGCCCCCCCCCGCCCCGAGAUUUCCUGAAUUCCAGCUGCGGCUUGGUUACUUCUGCAGGCAAAGGAGCCCUUGUGGUUGGAGGGGCCUCUCGAGGGCUGCGCAGGGCGGGCACUCCCUCCCUCCCCAGGCACACACACCUCCAUUCAGCCCGGCCCCACCCCUGGCCAGCAAGGUUGAUAAGACGGGGACCACUGGCUCCCGCACCCCGCCAGCCACUGCCUGCGCUGCCUGCACCAUGAAGGCCCUCUCGGCUGGCCUCGGGUUCUGUGCUCUGCUGCUGCUCCAGGCCCCAUGCAGCCUCAGCCUUGUGCCCCAGUCCGGAGGGCACCUCUGUCGGACACGGCCCACGGACCUGGUGUUUGUUGUUGACAGCUCGCGCAGCGUGCAGCCCAUGGAGUUUGAGAAGGUGAAGAUGUUCCUGUCUCAGGUCAUCGAGUCGCUGGACGUGGGGCCCAACGCCACCCGGGUGGGGUUGGUCAACUAUGCCAGCUCCGUGAAGCAGGAGUUCCCACUGCGUGCCCACGGCUCCAAGGCUGCAUUGCUGCAGGCCGUGGGCCGCAUCCAGCCGCUGUCCACAGGCACCAUGACUGGCCUGGCCCUACAGUUCGCCAUCACCAGGGCCUUCAGUGACACCGAGGGCGGUCGCACCAGGUCCCCUGACAUCAGCAAGGUGGUCAUCGUGGUGACCGACGGGAGGCCCCAGGACAGUGUGAGGGAAGUAUCUGUGCGGGCUCGGGCCAGCGGCAUCGAGCUGUUCGCCAUUGGAGUGGGCCGCGUGGACAAGGCCACGCUGCGGCAGAUGGCCAGCGAGCCGCAGGACGAGCACGUGGACUACGUGGAGAGCUACAGCGUCAUCGAGAAGCUGUCCAAGAAGUUCCAGGAGGCCUUCUGCGUGGUGUCAGACUUGUGUGCCACGGGGGACCACGACUGUGAGCAGGUGUGCCUCAGCUCGCCAGGCUCCUACACCUGUGCCUGCCACGAGGGCUUCACCCUGAAUAGCGACGGCAAGACCUGCAAUGUCUGCAGGGGCAGCAGUGGCAGCUCAGCCACUGACCUGGUUUUCCUCAUCGAUGGAUCCAAGAGCGUGCGGCCAGAGAACUUCGAGCUGGUGAAGAAAUUCAUCAGCCAGAUCGUGGACACGCUGGACGUGUCAGACAGGCUGGCCCAGGUGGGGCUGGUGCAGUACUCGAGCUCUGUGCGCCAGGAGUUCCCGCUGGGCCGCUUCCACACAAAGAAGGACAUCAAGGCAGCUGUGCGGAACAUGUCCUACAUGGAGAAGGGAACCAUGACUGGGGCUGCCCUCAAGUAUCUCAUCGACAACUCCUUCACGGUGACCAGCGGUGCCAGGCCCGGUGCCCAGAAGGUGGGCAUUGUCUUCACGGACGGCCGGAGCCAGGACUACAUCAAUGAUGCUGCCAGGAAGGCCAAGGAUCUCGGCUUUAAGAUGUUUGCUGUGGGUGUGGGCAACGCCGUAGAGGACGAGCUGAGGGAAAUCGCCUCAGAGCCCGUGGCAGAGCACUACUUCUACACGGCUGACUUCAAGACCAUCAACCAGAUUGGCAUGAAGUUGCAGAAGAAAAUCUGUGUGGAGGAAGACCCAUGUGCCUGCGAGUCCAUUGUGAAAUUCCAGGCCAAAGUGGAGGGGCUGCUGGAGGCCCUGACCAGGAAACAUAUCCUUUUCCAGAGGCCAGGGUUCAGCCAGGACUAG